GUUUUUUCUUGUUUGCUUGAUUUUCUUGUAGGUCUUGCAACUUGUUGAAGAAAUAAUACAAAUCUAUUUUCAAUUUUUAUUUCAUAUUUUUUGUAAAGUUAAGAAAACUAAUGUGUUUAAUGUAGAUGCUAAGUGUUUAAUUUAUCAUGUUCAACUUUGAUAUAAAAUUUAUUACAACCGAAGAAGCACUUCAAUUGAGUAAUGUAGACUUCAAAAGUUUCAAAUAUGAGACAAAAAAGCGCAGUGAUGAAUCUAUACACGACGCCGCCAAGCGUAGUUAUUGUGAGACGCGCGGGGGUCACUGGCGGGCCCCGCGGCCUCGUCAGAUUCGGAAACUUGAGUCCAAACUUCGCGAUAAGAGUAUAAUUACUUCUGAAUGGGCCAAUGACACGCUUAUCACCAUCGUGUUUUCUUCAGGAGCCAUAGCUUACCUCACAGUCAAACCUAGCACGUUAGAUGUAACUCAAAUACUUUUUGACAGGUAUUGCGUUGGGAAACUAGCGUCCCCUACUGUAACCGGAGUUGUUCUAAGUAGUUCUCACAUAAUAUUUGCUCAUGCCGAUAGAGUAGCAACUUUAAUUACAUUUGGAAAAACCUCAACACACUCUGUUCCCUGCAGAAUAUCAGAAAGAGACCCUCAUAUACAGACCAUAGAACUUGGUGGGGGGCCGCGCCGGACUGAACGUCGCUUGUCAUGGUGUCAGAAUGGAAAUAAACUACAAGUACUCAUAUGGAGUAUUGCUGCCGCCGAACCAGCCCCUUGGAGCCCCAUUUUGGAAGACCACGCAAAUCUUCAUUUGUACCAGAUUGAUGGACAGCAAAUGUUUUUAAGAGCAGUACAUCAGUUGGAAAAUGAAACAUUGUUAGCUGAACUAUCACAAGACCACAUGGUGCAUAUUGUGGAACAAAUCAACUGUCAUAAGAAUGGCGUCAGUGUAGAGUGGUCGCGUCAUGGCGGCGGCGGCGCGGCGCCGGUCCGGCUGCGGGCGCAGCUAGCGGCGCCCGCGCGCGCCGCACGCCUCGCGCCCGGCGCGCGCGCGCUGCUGCUGGCCUGCAUCGACGGCACGCUGCACGUGCUGCAAGCCCACGCCGGCCUCACGCACUCCGCGAGGUCCAGCUUUAUAGCAUCAGACGUACGAUGGUGCGGAGAACUGAUACUGGCGGCAGAAGAAAACGGCAGGCUGCAGUGUUUCGAUCUCGCGUUGAAUGUACUGCACCACCACGCCAAGUGCGUCGACCUCACAUCUUACAUGCGUGACGGGCGACGAUUACAAAUACAGACAACGCGGAGAGUGACCGGCGGCUCGUGUAUCCUGGCAACAUUCAACGGCGGACCAUUGGCUAUACUCCGAAUAACACACGCUCGGUUGUUGACGGCGUGGCUUUUGUCGGGGCGUAGUUCUCAAGCUGUGUCGCUGUUGCGGGCCAUGGACUGGGAGCAGCACGGCGCGGAGUGUCUGCGGGCCGUCACCGCGCUGGUGGGCGCUGCGCUGCGCAGCGCUACGGCGUGGCAGCGCGAGGAGCGCGCAGCACAGGCGGCGCUGGGCGCGUGUCUGGCGCCCGCCGCGUGUGCGGCGCCGCGCGUGCACGACCGCGCCAGGAACUACUUCCACCAUCUGCUCAGACGUGGGCGGGCGGACAAGGCGCUGAGCCUGGCCGUGGACCUCCGCGCGUGGGACCUGUGCUGCGACGUGCGCUGGGCGGCGGCGCGCGGCGGCGCGUUGUCGCUGCAGCGCGAGGCGCGACUGCUGGCCGCACGCUACGCCGCGCACCACGAAUCGGAUUGUUCAGACUCUUGCUCGCAAUGUAGUUCCCAUUCGUGUUCCUCAUCGGACGCAGAAACGAACGGAGAAACUGCUAAAACCGAGGCUCCUCCGCUACCAAGAGUGUCACUACCUUCGUACCCUACUGUUAUGCCAGUCAUCAUAACGCAAGCGGAACCGACCUCCACUAAUAGCAUCCGACCAAAUUUACACCAAUAUCUAGAAAGAGACAACACUAUUUGGAACACCAAUGUGAAAGAGAACGGACAUGAUAUGUACAAAUCCAUAUUGACAAACAAUAUGAAAAGUAUGAACAUUAAUAUGAAUAAACCGGGACCGUCAAAACUUAUGGUUAUAAAUGAAGUGCCAUCCAACUCAACAAUCCCUAAAGUAGAAGAUAGAUUAAAUUCAGGAUACUUAAACAUGUUCAAAACGGAGUUGAGAGAAGAAUCACCUCUAUAUAGGUAUCAAGUGAAUAAUCGCACAAAUCUCAACUUCAAUACACAAAGAUCAGAAAAUGGAGCAGAAAGAUAUGGCAAUAGAUCUGUGGAAAAAAACAAAGUGAAGUUUUCGAAUACCGUCACUGUAGCCGUUGUCAAUGAGCCCGGCGUGUCCCCGGAAACUGAGCGGGAAUUAGCGGACAGCCUGCCGCUGUGCGCGCCCCACAAUUACCUGUCGGCGUUCGCGCCGCCGCCCGCCCCGCCGCCCUCCGCCCCGCCCUCCGCCCCGCCCGCCGCCCCGCUGCCCGCCCCGCCCGCCGCCGGUACCGCUCUCGACUACGUCGAAGUGUGACGCACGCACGCAUGCCAGCACGAACAUAUGAGCCAGUUCAAAAACCUCUCAAGAUCAAAGUGGUUCAUUUUGGUUUGGUGUAAAUUUUUUUGCCACACACUUGACUGAUUUAACAAAAUGCCGUCCAUUAUAUUUAAGAAAUCUUUACUUUAUAUUAUUGUUAUAAAUCUGUAUUAUAUAAA